UGUGAUACUCGUCAAUGUGUUUCAGAUAACAUGUUGUGUGGAAAUGUUCAUGCUUGGUUUCUUGGAGGCAGCGGAACCGUGCGAACAACAAUAGAAUGGUGUCUCAAAACUAUGGCCGCAUACCCGGAUGUUCAGAAACGAGUGCAAAACGAGAUUGACAGUUUUAUUGGUAGAGAAAGGUUACCAUCCUGGGAUGAUCAUGUACACCUUCCUUACACCCAUGCUGUUCUUUAUGAGGUCCAAAGAUGGCAGACUAUAGCACCUCUCGGUGUCUUAAGAUGUACAACGGAAGACACAACUGUUCAAGGUUACAACAUCCCUAAAGGAACAGUUGUCAUGAACAACGUUUGGGCUGUUCACAACGAUCCGAAAUACUGGAAGAACCCCAGUGAAUUCUUUCCAGAACAUUUUCUAAACCAAGAGGGUACUAAGUUUGAGAAACCUGAAUACUUCAUUCCGUUCUCUAUUGGUAAACGUUCUUGCCCUGGAGAAACGCUAGCACAAGUUGAAUUGUUUCUCUACUUCACAUCCAUACUUCAGCGCUUCACUGUGGCUCUCCCUGACGGUGAGAAACCAAACUUCGACGGCGUAUUAGAAAUAUCUUGGGAUGCCAAACAACAUCAUUUUCAACUUAUUCCACGAGAUUAAUAAAAAGAUGGCCGUCGUUUUCAAGGUUUCGGUGAUCAAUAAAAUGAUCAGAGAACCCUAUUUUUAAACCAUCUUCUCACUGAGAUAUUAUAUUAAUAAAGAUUUAAUUGGUGAAAUUCAGCAUGAUUUAUACAAAAAGAUUCCCUGUAUUAGUUCAUCGUAGCUUACUAUAAUACAGUUAUAAAUAA